AUGUCAUCCUCGGACGGAAACAAGCCUCCGCUUGUCCCCGACUCUGCGAAGGAGUCAGAACCGCAAUUCGACCCAACUGCUCGAACACGCAAUUGGUUCUCUAUCCUACUUGGCACAAUGCCUCCAUCCCACCAGAUACUCUAUCGCGAAGAUCAAUACGCUCGCCAUGAGAAGCGCGACUGCGACCGAUGUGAAGAAUGGCGAGACUAUAACUUAAAAUACUCACCAAUCGUUAUAUUUAUGCAAAAAAACAUACGAGAUCUCAAUGGGAAGCUUGAUGCAGAUAAUAUACGUUGUAGGAGAUGUCCCACACGAAUCACAGAAGAUGGGAAAACGGUGAGGCAAGGUGGGGGUUUUAGCCCCGAGCAUGGCAUUCAGUUAUGUGCGAAUGAGAUGAGGGAUAGUAAACAUGUGGAGGAUACGUUGGCACAUGAAAUGGUGCACGCUUGGGAUCAUCUAAGAUGGAAGGUGGACUGGAGAGAUCUGCGACAUGCAGCUUGUUCGGAGAUCAGAGCAGCAAGUCUGAGUGGAGAAUGUAGAUGGGCAAGAGAGUUCUGGACGAGAAAUAACUACAGGGUAACACAACAACAUCAGGACUGCGUGCGCAGGAGAGCAGUCAAGUCGGUAUUGGCUAGACCUUGGUGUAAAGACGAUGUUCAAGCCGUAAAGGUAGUUAACGAAGUUUGGGAUUCGUGUUACUCGGAUACUCGACCCUUUGACGAGAUCUACAAGUGA